UUUUUAAUAAUGGUUUUUAGUAAUGGGUCAUUAACCAACAUAUAUAUGUAUAUAUAUAUAUAAAGAGUCAAGUUCUAUUAGAAGUCAUUCAAGUUAUACUCGUGGAUAUGUACAUCAUGCAAAUAUCAAGCGCAUUCGUUCUUUUCGUCUUUCUCACGAUGGCAUUGUCAGGGACGUAUACUCUGGCACGGCCCAGCGGCGAGAAGCGUUUAAAAUCGUCUCCUGUGAUUGAAAACAUCGCUAAAACCGUAUACAAAAGAAGUGUAUCGAGCCUCGUGGAUAAGAAACUUUUGGAUACCACGUUUGAGAUCGGAUUGUCCAAAUUCGAGGCGAUCAAGGCUAUCGAACUUGCCAUUUUGCGUAUGUUAUCCACCCAAAUCGACGCGUUGACCGCCCAUGUUCAAAAGAGCGACGUUCUCGAUGUAUUGAAUUCGCCCGUCAACAAAUUUAUCACCGAGGAAGUUUUGAACUCGUUAUUAUCGGGCAAGGACGAGAAAAAUAUCUCGCCUUUUAAUACGCAACAACAACCAUUCGACGAAGCUUGGCUACGCGAAGAUAAUUACGUGAAGAUCCCGAUGAUUCACGAAAAUACGGGUGAAUUACCGUCAAUGAAGCCAUCGUUUGAAAAAGAAGAAGAAUCUUUGCCAGCGACCGGUGAAGAAUUUCUUGUUUAAAAAAUUUCAAAAGUAUAAUGUGUUUUGUCUUUGGGCGAUUAGUCCAAUAUCUGUCUGAAGAUUAUAUUUUUUUCCAUUUCGUCAUACAAAGGUAAAUUUAACUUUGUUCACGAACUUUCUCUUGAUAUUGAACGAGAGACGUUUAUUUUAUUCUAUUGUUUAUUUAAGAAAAGAGAGAGAGAGAAAGAGAGAGAAAAAAGACUUGAAGGAUAUUAAAAACUAUAUAAUAUAAUAUGUAUAUAUAUAUAUUAUAUUGAAGUAUGUAUCAAUUAUAAUACCAAUAAUAAAUUAAU